GACUUUCUCUCUCCUACAAUAUCAGCACUAUAUAUAUAGAUACUACUACACAGACAAAACUCCCCAAAAAACAGCACAAACGAAACAACCCAUAAAUAAUAUCCCCCCAAAUAUUCAACAACUAUCAAUUAAACCCACAAAAACCUCUUCUCUUUCUCUCUCUCUCUCUCUCUCUCUCUCUCUCUCUCUCUCUCUCUAAUAUUGCUACACUACUAUUAGUGGUUUAAUAUUAUUUCUGAUUAUGGCUCGCUCAAGCGCUUUGGCACUCGUGGUUUUGAUGGUGUUGUUGGUCUCUUUUGUGACGAGCUCCGAAGGCAGAAACAAGUUUGUGGUGUUGAAGCCGAAAGACAACAAGAAUCUGGACAGAAUCAUGGGAUCUUCGGACAAGUCUAUGUUUCUGAGUGCCCUUCCAAAGGGCAGAGUGCCCUCUUCUGCUCCAACCAAGAAAGGCCACGCAGACGUCGUCAACCAGAAGCUCAUUGCCCGCCACCUCAUCGCCGUCGACCGGAGUCUCCGCUCUGUCCCUAGCCCCGGUGUUGGUCACUGAUCAUAUAAUAUGUAUAUAUAUAUAUACACAUAUAAUAUUCUUGUUUUUUUUUUAAUUUCUACAUAUGAGAUGAGAACACAUUUCUUAAUUUAUUAGUUCAUAUCCUUUCUUACAAUUUUGGGGUCUUUCUUCUUCUCUUUGUAAGUUUUUGUUUGUGGGGUUCUUUUUGUUAGAUGCAGAGACAAGAGAGGUGAAAUGUAUAUAUAGACAAACACAGGGCUUGAAUAAUCAGCUGAUUUUAUUUCCUUCUGUUGAGAUUAUUCAAUUUGUAAUCUCCAUAUUUCCCUUUAUUGAAUCGACGUUUUCUUCUACAA